GUCGGCCACCGGCCAGGAACACGAGUAAAAACUUACUUUGACUCUCUUUGCUCUCGGCCUCCUGUCCCGCUCGCACCGACCCCCAUCCCUUUGGCGAACCAACGGCACGCAACGCGGCUCACUCCAAUUUCCGCUCGAGCUCGCCUUUUCUCCCACGCGUUUACGCCUCGGUCCUCGUCCGAUUCGCCGGCGAUCUCGAUUUAUCGAGCGCCGCUCGGUCGGCCGACGUCCGAUCGAACGCAAGACGGAGACCGAGCGAGCACGAGACAAAGUCGCUCUAAACUACGAAAGCCACCAGCAAAAUACGAACCACCGUCUGCGCUGGUCUCGCCGAACCGACCGCGGUCACCUUUUCCUCUCUUUACACCAGCUACUCAACUGACCUACACACCGACAUUCGCUCGCUAAUAAUAACGGUACAUCGCGGCGAGGCGUCGAUACCACGAUUCUUCUUCUUCUUCUUCUUCUUCGUCGUCGUCCCGUCCGUUUUCUUCGCUCACACCCCUUCUUUCCCCUUUUUAUCACGUAAAGUCACGACGAAACGUAGGAAACGCGCUAAACGUCGGCAAACGACGAGCAAACGUUAUCGAAACGCGUAUAUCGCGAUCGAUGGCAAUUACUUUGACCGAUACGAUGCAGCUGUGAUCGCGUCGCCCGACAUGUAAUCGCAGGCUGCGGAUGGAGGCUGGUCGGUGAAUUAAUAAAUUUGAAACGUUCUCCUUUCGGGCGACUACGAUUGCGACACGCGUGCGCUUCCGCUCUGCGAAUCGACCGAUUUAACGAAGAAUUUUGGCAGAGCGGAUGGCGGCACACAGCGAGGCUCGCGUAAAAUACGCGGAAAUACGCGGAAAUACGCGGAAAUACGAGCUUGCGUUGGAAGGGACGGCGAUCGCAAUUGCGGUCGGUACCUUUCGGCUGUGGCAACAGAAACACGAAGGAAAGAAAGGUGAACAGCAGAGCGAGCCUGUGGAGGAACGGCCCUCCUCCGCGAUUAACCUUGGACUUGACUCGAAGGAAUUCUCGCAGCGUACAGUGACCUCUGCUCGCCCGCUAACUCGACGCUCGUCGUCUCGACUCGAAGACGUGGGUUACAGGAGCGUUGAGAUCGCGUCCGCGUUUACGCAUCUACCGCAGAAAGAGAUGGCCCGGGAUACACCAGGCUCACCAAUGUCCAGACCGAGAGACCUGGUCGGCGGAGUUGGUGCUACGACCACCUUGACAUCGGGCGGCUAUCACGCUGGCUCCGGCGAUCCAGCGAGCCUGCACGGUCACGUGCUGCAGCAGAAGAUACUCGAGCUACAGCAGCAUCAUCAACUUCAGCAACAAAUACUGCGGCAACAGUACCAAGCUCAGGAGCGACAGUUGGCCGAGUUACACGAGCAACAGAUGCACCAGCUAAAGCUCUGGGAGCAGCAAAAACAGCUGGAAGAGCAGAGGAGAGAAAAAGAGAGACUCGAAGCACUGAGGAAGAAGGAUAAACACGACCACAGUGCGAUCGCUUCGACGGAGGUGAAGCAACGACUUCAGAGCUUCCUCGUGAACAAGAAGCAAAGGGAGGCAGCGGCCGCUGCGAACGGGGCCGUACCUGGUACACCCGGAUACAGAAGCUGGUUGCAACCGCAAUCGGCGGAAUCGGCGGGCGCGGCGAACGCUUCGCAUCCCUACCGGAUGCCACAGAUGCUGCAAGAAAAGUUCGCCGAUGAUUUCCCUCUUCGGAAAACAGCCUCGGAGCCGAACCUGCUGAAGGUGCGACUAAAGCAACGCGUGGAGAGGAACAUGGCCGCGUCGAGAAAUUCACCCCUGAUGGCACGCCGGAAGGAUCGCCUGCUGUCGCACCUCAAGCGGAAAUCACUGCUAGCAAAUUCUAGCAGUAAUCCGGAAUCUGGGCCUAAUUCACCACCGACCGUAAACAAUUCUCAAGCGAGCCCCACCGCGACAGCCAACGCAGCGGCAGCCAUCCAAGAAGAGACGGAAAACACCGGCUACGGAGGUCCGUUGACCAGCAGCAGUCAGCAAGGUAGCCUGUCGGAUCUGUCGUUGUUCAGUUCACCGUCCAUGCCCAACAUCUCGCUGGGGCGACCUCACGUUCCAUCCGGUUCCAGUACGACCGGUACGAAAUUGGCCACCGUCUCGGAGGCAGAGGUACGCGCGGCGUUCACCGCGCGACUAGGGAUGCCGCUUACCGGACAGAUGUUGCCCGGUACCUUGCCUUUCUACCCAUCGUUGACGGUGAUCGAGGGAGGAGACGCUGCGUCGAGCGGCGGUUACGUUCACAAGCAAAUGCAGAAUAUGGAACACCCGUCGAUAACGAACCGGCAACACCCGUCUGCGGUUUACGGCACCGCGACCGCCACGGCUCCCAUCACCGACACGCAAGUAGCGCAUGCGAGGCUGCAAAAGGCUGGUCACCGGCCUUUAGGUAGUAGGACUCAGUCGGCGCCUCUGCCGUUGGGCCAUCCGAUGCUGCAAGGUGGCAUCAUGGCGCCGCAGACCCAUUACGAGGAGUACCUGGCCGAGAAGCAACUGCACGAUCAGCAGCAGGCGCACAACUACCUCAAACAGCAGAUUCGUCAAACGGUGCUGACGCGUGUCGGAUCUCGGGGACAGGCGAAUCAGCUGGACGAAGCACCGGAGAACGACGAGUCCGCCGAGGUGAUAGAUCUUACCGGGACGAAGAAAGAUUUGUCGGAAGAGAGCGAGAUCUCGAAACAACAACGGGAUCGCGAACAGUUUCUUCAGCAGCAGAGAGAUCUGAUGAUGAGACACACCUUGCAAAUAUCCAACGAGUCGUCGACGGCCUACGGCGGGAGCGGUACCGGUGGCGGCAGCAGGAGCAGUCAGCCGAGUGCCAGACCGCUGUCCAGAGCGCUGUCCAGCCCGUUGGUUCACUUGACGCGCGACGCAGGUCCUCAGGGAAGCCAAGCCACCACCGGUGAUCUGUUCGCGCGCGCUUCUUCCCAUCGAUCCACUACCGGUUUGGCCUACGAUCCGUUAAUGUUGAAGCACGCCUGUGUCUGCGGCGAAACGGUUCGUGGUCAUCCCGAGCACGGAGGCAGGUUGCAGAGCGUCUGGGCACGGCUUUCGGAGACAGGACUGUUACAGCGGUGCGAUCGGAUACGUUCGCGCAAAGCCACCCUCGAGGAGAUUCAAACGUGUCACAGCGAAGCUCACGCUCUUCUCUUUGGGACGAAUCCGAUGAACCGACAAAAGCUGGACGUGUCGAAGCUCUCUCAACUUCCGAUCAAGAGUUUCGUGCGGCUGCCCUGCGGCGGAGUAGGCGUCGAUUCCGACACCACGUGGAACGAACUGAAUACCGCGCCGGCCGCCCGAAUGGCUGUCGGUUGUGUCGUCGAUCUGGCCUUUAAAACCGCCAUGGGUGACAUUAAGAACGGUUUCGCCGUCGUACGACCGCCCGGACAUCACGCCGAAACCAACCAGGCCAUGGGUUUCUGCUUCUUCAAUUCGGUCGCGAUCGCCGCUCGAUUGCUUCAGCAGAAGCUCGAUAUUAGGAAAAUCUUGAUCCUGGAUUGGGAUGUCCAUCAUGGGAACGGCACGCAGCAAAUGUUCUACGACGACCCACGGGUGCUGUACAUGUCGAUACACAGGCACGACGAAGGUAACUUCUUUCCAGGAACCGGUGGACCGACCGAGUGCGGGGCUGGCGAGGGUCUCGGCUACAACGUGAACGUAGCCUGGUCCGGUGGGCUGAAUCCUCCGAUGGGUGACGCGGAGUAUCUAGCCGCGUUUCGUACGAUCGUGAUGCCGAUCGCUAAGGCGUUCGAUCCGAGCAUCGUCCUCGUCUCGGCAGGAUUCGACGCCGCCGUUGGCCAUCCCGCGCCCCUCGGCGGCUACAAAGUCAGCCCCGCUUGCUUCGGCAAGAUGACGCAACAGUUGCUCGGACUGGCGAACGGUAAGGUCGUUCUCGCUCUCGAAGGUGGUUACGAUUUGGCCGCGAUUUGCGACUCCGCCCAAGAAUGCGUUCGGGCUCUGCUCGGGGACGAACCUACUCAACUUCGGGAAGAGGAAUUGACGAGGAUACCUUGUCAAAACGCGGUCGACACGCUGCAAAAGACGAUCGCCGUGCAGAUGUCUCAUUGGCCUUGCGUCAAGCUGAACGCGCACACGGUGUCGAUGAGCGCGAUCGAAGCUGGACAGAAAGAGCGCGACGAAACCGAGACGGUCUCCGCGAUGGCCUCUCUGUCGAUGCAGCAGCCUACCAAUUUAACGACUACCCCAGAACAUUCCCGAGAAGUUUCCGAGGAGCCAAUGGAACAGGAUGACGCCAAAUGAAGAAAGACGCGAAGCUGCUCGUCGAUCGUGUUUCGAAAUAGUCACGAGGCUAUCGUUGCGUUCGCAUCGCUUCUGUAUAAAAUAUGAGCGACGACCGACACGAAGCCGCUGUGAGCUGUGAGUUGGCAGCUGCUGCCGACGCCGCAGCCGGUCGCCGUCACUCUCAUCGUUGCCGUUGUCACCGUUGCUGACAUCGGUGUCUCGCCAACGCGCUGUAUCGUACGGUCAACGAUAAAAGCGAGCCUUCUUCGCUGCACCUCUUCCGCUUCGCUGUCGCACGUUGUUUGUCUAGCGUAGCUUGACGGAGCUGAAAUCGCGGAGAUCGGGCGAAACUAGCUUCUCGACUAAAUCUAAAAGACAGUAGGUUUAAGUGUUUUCUACGCUUUCGCGUAAAGUUGCCCUAGAAACGCGUGACAGCGCGCGUUCACACGGCCUCGCCUUACCCAUCCAGAUUUCACCUUUAAUUCGUCGAUCGUACACUUUCCGCGUGAUUGCCAUCGAAAUAUUGCGAGAGUUUUUGAAAACGGCCGAGUGGCCAAGGCGAAUCGAGGAGUCGCGAUACGGAAAAAGAAAAUGGAAAAUAGAAAACAGCGCGUUCUAGAACGAUGCAUCGAGGGCAUCGAGGGACGGAAGCGACGACGUUCGCGGUGGCGAAAGCAGACACGAGGUGCGCAGCGAUGUUCCGCGGAAAAACGAAACGAUUUGCGUUCUGUGUUUUCAUCGUAAGGCGGCGUUUCGUUUCGGGUCGGGUCGUCUUUCUUCGAGCGGCAUAGCACGAUAUUUGGUUGUCCUUUUUGUCGCGAACAAAGGCUGGUGUGAUUUUUGUGAUAUUUUGUAAAAAGCAGAAAUUUCAUGAAGCAUAUAGUUAAUUGAAGAUGUACAAGCGUACGCGAGACUGUGUGUGUAACGUUGUUAUACUUACGAUUAGAACGGAAGAAUGCAUGCGUCCGUGUGUGUGCGCGUGUAGCUAUGCGUAGAUGCGUGUAAGGAAAAAGGAGAAAGAGAAUAUAUGUAAUCGAAAUAGGAGCAUUUAUUUUUGUGCCGUGCAUUUUACGAGAACACGGAGAAUGCGAGCGAAUCUAUCGAUCGAUCAUUUUUCGCCAAUCCGUACGUUCUAUGUAACGUUACGUACGGUUUAGCGUGACAAACAUUGUAUCGCGCGGAUCAAAGAUUUUAGCACGCAGACUCUUGUGUAGUAUGCGCGAGAUAAAGAAGCGCGUAUGCGCGCGUCGAGUACAAGAAAUACAUGUGUAUAUUGGAUGUUAUGUGUCCGCAAGAAUCUCAAGUGUUCGUCGUGUAUCGUCCCAUAUUUUUACCAAAAAUUUCGAAAAUAUCGAGCGCGAAACGUUCUUUUCGGUCGAUUCGUGUCGCCGAUUCCCACCUUCCUAUGUCUCGUGCUUUCCCCGUGUUUUACGGCCCGGAAGCCCCGUUUCUUUUCCCGCCUUCGUUGUGGUUCCUCCUUCUUUCCUCGUCCUCUUCGUUCACUUGUAAACACCUCGUCUCCGCGAUUCGCACCGUUCGUAUCAAUUUCGUUUCCCUUUGUUCAAAGCUGCGCGUUAUCUCGUCCUAGAUCCACUACUCUCUCUCUCUCUCUCUCUCUCCUCUUUAUAUCCGUUUCGUGCGAUCACCGUUUGAUCGCCAACAUGGAGACGACCGUUUCUCUGCUCUAUCAACUUCGACUCGAUUCGACCGAACUCGAUUCGUUCGACUAAUCGAUUCCGUGAUCGUGUAUGGCGAUCGUCGUAACGGAACUUGUUGUUGACAUUUUUGCGAGAAUUUUAUUUGUUUCGGCCAAAGGGACUUGCAACAUUCCGGUAUCGUUCGUAGAAAAUCGAUACAAGUUAGAUGUAAAUCGUUGAUAAUUCGCAUCGAAAGCUGAUUCUAAUAAAUGAACAAGAAAUAAGAAAUUAAACUCGCAGAGUAUAAGAACGAAAAUGGAAAAAAAAGUGUUACAAUUACGUUACUGCACGUGUACGAAUAUGUCCAUAUUGCGUAAGCUUAAAUGUAUUAGUCAUACAUUUUUUAUGUAUAUAUAAAUGUACCUCGUAAAGUAAUUUUAAAUAAAAACUAUAGUCAUUGUGUUACGCAUA